AUGCCCACCAUCUCUGUUGACAAGGCCGAGCUCUACCGCCGCCUCGAAAAAGAGUACACCACUCAGGAGUUUGACGAACUCUGUUUCGAGUUUGGUAUCGAGCUUGACGAAGACACCACUGUCGAGGUCGAAGAAGCUCGCAAGAAGGGACUUCCUACCUCUCCUCCCCAGCUCAAAAUUGAGAUUCCCGCCAACAGAUAUGACCUCCUCUGUCUGGAAGGUGUCGCCCGCGCUCUUCGAAUCUUCUUGCAAAAGGACACCCCUCCUCAAUACGCUCUUUCCAAUCCCGAAAAGAUCCAAGAAGUCUACGUCGAAUCCUCCACCUCCCCUCUUCGACCCUACUUUGCUUCUGCCAUCCUCCGACUCGCUAGGCCUUUGAACCAGCUUGAAUACGAGUCUUUCAUCGACUUGCAGGACAAGCUUCACCAAAACUUGUGUAGGGGCAGAAAGUUUGUGGCUAUUGGAACGCACGACUUGGACACUGUGCAGGGACCCUUCAGGUAUAUCUGCGAGGACCCUAAGAAGAUCAAGUUUGCGCCCUUGAACAAGGAGACUGAGAGCACCGCGGAGGAGUUGAUGGGUAUUUACGAAGGCGACAGACAUCUGGGCAAGUAUCUGCAUCUCAUCAAGGAUGCUCCUGCCUACCCAGUCAUCUACGACAGCAAAGGGCAGGUUUGCUCCAUGCCUCCCAUCAUCAACUCUCAGCACUCCAAGAUCGUCCCUGGCAAGACAAAGAACAUCUUCAUCGACACUACUGCCGUCGACAAGACCAAGCUCGACAUUGUCAUCAACAUGAUCUGCGCCAUGUUUGGCGAAUACUGCGAAGUCCCCUUCACCGUCGAGCCUGUGCGCGUCCACAUGCCCGACGGCUCCUCCCACAUAUCCCCUCCCAUCGCUCCCCGGGUCACCACCGCUUCCUCCUCCUACAUCAACGCUGCCACUGGCCUCGAGCUCUCCCGAGAGCAGAUCUGCACCCUCCUCACCCGCAUGUCUCUCUCCGCCAAGCCGUCUGCCACCGACAGCGAUGCCCUCGAUGUCUCUGUCCCCUGCACCAGGCCUGACAUCUUGCACGAGUGCGACAUUAUGGAGGAUGCUGCCAUCGCCUACGGUUUCAACAACUUGCCCCAGAGCAUGCCUACGACGAAUACCGUUGCCAAGGCGUUCCCUGUGAACAGGUUGGGCGACAUUAUCCGAAAAGAAUGUGCCAUGGCCGGCUGGAUUGAGGCUCUUCCUCUCAUCCUCUGCUCCCACGAUGAAAACUUUGCCUGGCUCAACCGUCCCGACCCCGGAAACCUCGCCAUCCAACUCGCCAACCCCAAAUCCCUCGAGUACCAAGUCGUCCGCACUUCGCUCUUGCCCGGUAUGCUCAAGACUGCCCGAGAGAACAAGGCUUUGGCUUUGCCCAUGAAGAUCUUUGAGGUCUCUGAUGUCGCUGUGCAGGACGCCAAGGCGGAGAGACAAGCGAGAAACUACAGGAGGCUUUGUGCAGUGUACAUGGACAGGAAGGCUGGAUUCGAGGUGGCGCACGGUCUGUUGGACAGGGUGAUGCAGAUUCUGAGCGUUCCCUUCAUCGGCGCCAAGGAGUCUCAGGCAGAGUAUGGUUACUACAUUGCUUCCGCCGAUGAUCCCACUUAUCUCCCCGGCCGAGCCGCCCACGUCUUUUACCGACCCAAACCCACCCCCGCCCCUGCUUCUUCCAACCCCCUCUCCAACAUCGCUUCCGACCUCAAGGCUGCUCUCCCGGGUGCUACCAGAGAUAUCAAUAUCGGAUCUUUGGGUAUCUUGCACCCUAGUGUCUUGAACAACUUUGAGUUGAUCAGGCCUUGCUCGAGCUUGGAGAUUGAUGUGGAGCCGUUGUUGUAG